UGCUCCUCUGGGAAAGAUGGCGGCUGUCUCCGUUUGUCAGGCUCCGGUCGGCGGUUUCUCUUUCGAUAACUGCCGCAGAAAUGCUGUCAUUGAAGCUGAGUUUGCAAAAAAUGGCUAUAAACUUCCAGCAGCUCGGAAAACAGGCACAACCAUUGCUGGAGUAGUAUACAAGGAUGGCAUAGUUCUUGGGGCAGAUACAAGAGCAACAGAAGGAAUGGUUGUUGCUGAUAAGAACUGUUCAAAAAUACAUUUCAUAUCUCCAAAUAUCUACUGCUGUGGUGCUGGGACUGCAGCAGACACUGACAUGACAACUCAGUUGAUCUCUUCCAACUUGGAACUCCAUUCCCUUUCUACGGGACGUCUACCCAGAGUUGUUACAGCUAAUCGAAUGCUUAAACAGAUGCUUUUUAGGUAUCAAGGUUACAUUGGUGCAGCCUUGGUCUUAGGAGGAGUUGAUGUUACUGGACCUCACCUCUACAGCAUCUAUCCUCAUGGAUCAACUGAUAAAUUGCCUUAUGUCACCAUGGGUUCUGGGUCUUUGGCAGCAAUGGCUGUAUUUGAAGAUAAAUUUAAACCAGAUAUGGAGGAAGAAGAAGCCAAGAAGCUAGUAAGUGAGGCCAUCUCAGCUGGGAUCUUCAAUGAUUUGGGAUCUGGGAGCAAUAUCGAUCUGUGCGUCAUCAGCAAGACCAAGUUGGACUUCCUCCGCCCAUUCGAUGUUCCUAACAAGAAGGGGAUCAGGUUUGGCAGGUACAAGUGUGAGAAAGGGACAACUGCUGUUCUUACUGAGAAAGUGACUUCCCUGGAAAUCGAAGUGCUGGAUGAAACAGUACAGACAAUGGACACUUCCUAAAAGUGCUCGCUCAUCUACUCUAUUGAAUGAGAAGGUCACCUUAUGUAAGAUGAACUCAUCAUUAAUAAACAAAUGGUAAUUACAUAGCUGA